GUCGGCGCGGCGAAAGACUUCCGCAUGUGACCGUCUAUUUCACUUUUUUUCAGAAUGUCCGAGGUAAACUCCGAGGUCAAGGAAAUCUAUGAGUAGUGUACCAAUAGGCUACCCAUUAAGGAGCACCAAUUUAGAGAAUCCAAUGUUUCACUUCUCAAGGAUUUGCCACCACAAGUGUUUCUUUCUGGGAGACUGCCAUAUUACAAGGAGAGUCUUCUCUUGCUUCCAUCCAUCCUGGAAUACCUCUCUGCUAUCAAGCUCACCCCCUUCCUUGCUGAGGCCUUGGAAUUUUCGGAGAAUGGCAUCAGGAAAUGGGAACACUUCCCCCAUCGUACCCCAAGACUUUGAUUACUUUCUGGUCCUGGAUUUUGAAGCAACCUGCUUGGAGAAUCAAAAGAUAGAACCUCAGGAGGUGAUUGAAUUUCCUGUUCUUAAAGUUAGUGGUAAAACUUUCCAGACAGAAGCCACAUUUCAUCAGUAUGUUGAGCCACAGGUUCAUGGUGUUGGGGAAUUCUGCACAAGGCUUACAGGAAUCACCCGUGACAUGGUAAAAAAUCAACCAACAUUUGCAGAUACUUUGAAGUUAUUUCACAUAUGGAUGGAGAAGGAAGGCCUUAUAGACCCAGACAUUAAAUUCAUAUUUGUCACGUGCGGAGACUGGGAUCUGAAAACUAUGUUGCCAAGCCAAUGUGCCCAUUUUGAGCUUCCAUAUCACUCAUACUUCAGAAGAUGGCUUAACAUUAAGAAGGCUUAUGCUACAGUUACUAGUCACUACCCCAAAGGAAUGAUGCAGAUGUUAGAGAAACUAAACAUUCCACAUGUCGGCAGGCAUCAUAGUGGCAUAGAUGAUUGCCGCAAUAUCGCCAACAUUCUCCAAGCUCUGGCCCACAGGAGAUACAAGUUCAAGCAAACAGGAAGUAGAUGACGGGUCACAUUCACCUUGACCCCAGGAUCACUUAGACCCCAGGGUCACUUAAGAUGACUUCCAUGAUCAGUGUCCUUUGCUGGACACCAGAGACACUUCUUAGCUUCUAAAAUUGUGAAGUGCCAAGUACAAUGUGGACAAGGAUUUCUUGUAAAACAGGAGUGGUCCAUUCUCUUCGCCUUCAUU